UGCCAAUUAUUUCCUUCCUCCAGGUAAGCAAGUGCUGUGACUGCGGCCCAGGCUUGCCAAUGCUGACCGAUGGUUGCCCCGUUCCUAGGGCAGCCCAAAACCCCACCAAGCCCCUUAUCCACCGUCCCAUUUCGCCGCGACCCAGGGUUUAUCGAUCGCGGGACAGUGCUCGAUCAGAUGCAGGAGAAGUGCUCCCGACCAGCAUCAAUAAUAGCACUGGUUGGUUUGAGUAGUGUUGAAAAGUCACAACUCUUCAUUCAAUACUGUUACCGGGUCAGAGAUCAAUCACCUCCUGAGACAUGGGUCUUCUGGAUCCAUACCAGCAACACAGCCUGUUUCAAGCAGAGCUAUCGGGAAAUCGCCGAUCGCGCCAAAAUCCGGAAUCGAAAGAGCCCCAAGAUAAACAUCUUCGAACCCUUUUAUGACUGGUUACAGGAUGAGGAAAAAAGGAAACAGAUCAUUGUAUUUGAUAAUUUGAAUGAUGGCAGUUUCCUCCAUGAAGCUCCACACACAGGUCAAGAUCAGCUGGAAAGCCAGAUCAGCAGAAAGCCUCUCAUGGAAUAUCUCCCUCCGACUCCACACAGUUUCUAUUAUCAUGACAACGAGGGACCAAGGCAUGCUGGGAAGAACACAGAAGACCAGAAUAUUAUCAAUGUCGAGCCGAGGGAUGAUUCGCAAGCGCUGAAACUCUUGAGGACGAAACUGGGACCUGUAGUAGAUAGCGGAGACAUUAGAGAGCUUGUGAUAGAACUUGAGCUUAUACCACUUGCUAUUGUAUAA